AUGGCUUCAUCGUCAACCCCAGAUCGCAAACCGAGAACACGCCCUCAAUCAAAGGGCCUUGUAACGCAGACCAUCACCACUGUCCGUUGCAAGCUCAACGCAAAGUCCAUGCCCGCUGACCUGCGCACAACAGUCGCCGAAUUCCUCCAGAAAGACGAUCUCAUCGCCUUCUCCGAGUCGCGACGCGGGGUCUACAACGCCAUAAGCCACAAGCCCUGUGGUGCAUGCCAGGACCAUCCCAUACUCCCACAGGAAGUGUACGAGAACCACGCCGCCGCCGCGGCGGAGCGCAACAAAAGACUCGUAGUCUUCGACCUCCACCCUUUACAAGGAGCAGACAGCAACAGCAGUCCCAAUGCCAACGCCGGCAAGUCCGUGAGCAGAUACGCCGCCGAGCUGUACGCUCCGCGACUCGCCAACGCGGUGACAGUAAGUGGCUCAUCGAUCCUCUCGCUAGCGGUCUGUCGCAGCCGAAUCGACGUCGUUGGUCUCCUGCUUCGACACUGCGCGGACGCGAACUAUGGUGGCGAGAACACUAACCGGCUCCCCUUAGACCAUCUGACCUCCCCCUUCCGCCGCAAGGCUGGUCGACAGUACCUACCCCACGAUCCGGACGGAUUGCUAAGGGGGGCCGUCGCGAUCGUCGAGACGCUGCUCGCGCACGGGGCCCGCUUCACGCGCCGCGCCCCCUGGGAAAUCAUCCUCUGGACGGGCCGUGCAGAUCUCAUCCACCGGGCCGUCCGCAACGGGGUCGACCUCAGCAAGCUCACCUGGGGGACGAGCCCGCCGCUCAACCCGCUGACCGCGCUGCUGCACCACCCGACCCUGACCGCAGAGAAAGUGACCGGCGCCGUCCUCCACGCGAUCCUCAGCUCCGCCCCGAGACUGAUGGACAUCACUGACGAGUGUGACCGCACAUUCAUUCACCAGGUAAUACUCGCUGGUCACUGGAACCUCGCAAUCGCGUUACUACCCUUCCCGUCCAAGCGAUGGCCUAUCGCCACGGACGGAACAAGCGCGCUGACGCUCGCCAUCGCGCAUGGCAAGACCCGGUUGAUCGGGGGGCUGAUGGACCGCUCGGAGUACGAGCUCGACUACAUGCAUGAUACCGGGCUGAGGAGGCUGGGGCGGAAUCUGCACCCCCCCGCGCCGGGGUCGCUCCCGUUGCUGAUGGCGAUUGAUCGGGCGACGGAGUUUCCGAGGGGUUGUAUACACUGA